AUGAGAAAAACCAACAUGUGGUUCCUGGAGCGGCUGCGGGGGUCCGGGGAGAACGGCGCCGCCCGGGGCGCGGGGGGCGAGGCCGCCGACAAGGCCGCCAAGGGGCCCCUGCACAGCAACGUGCUCACGCCGGACAAAAUCCCCGACUUCUUCAUUCCUCCCAAGCUGCCCGCGGGCGCCGCCGAGGCCGAGGGCCCGGCCGAGCCCGGCGCCGCCGAGCAGAGCCCGGCCUCGCCCGCGCCGCGCCGCGCGCCCCGCAGCCCCCGGCUGCCCGCCCAGCUGGCAGCCGAGAGCCGCAGCCUGCUGAAGGCCGCCACCCGGCACGUGAUCCAGAUCGAGAGCGCCGAGGACGCGCCAGCCCCCGAGGCGGCCGGCACGGAGGCCCAGGGCGCCAUGUCCCUGCCCUCGGUGCCCAAGGCCCAGACGUCCUACGGCUUCGCCACGCUGGCCGAGAGCCCCCACACGCGCCGCAAGGAGUCCCUGUUCCACAGCGAGCACGGCGCGCUGGCGCAGGUGGGCUCCCCGGGCGCGGGGCGCCGCCGGGCGGGCGCCAAGGCCAACGGGGAAGACGGGGGCCCCCUCCGGAGCCCCGGCCGCUGCUUCAGCGGUGGGGAGAGCGACACGGGGUCCUCGGCCGAGUCCUCCCCGUUCGGCUCCCCGCUGCUGUCGCGCUCCGUGUCGCUGCUCAAGGGCUUCGCGCAGGACGGCCAGGCCAAGGUGAGCCGGCUCAGGCACUCGGCGGGCCGCCACGGCUCCCUGUCGGCCGACGACAGCACGCCGGACACCAGCCCCGGGGCCCGGCGCCGCGCCCUCCGCCGUGCCGCCCCCGAGCCGCGCGCCGAGCCGGACCCCGCGUCCCGCGCGGAGCUGGCGGUGGGCAUGGACCCUCGGGGCAGCGUGCGGCUGCUGGCCGAGUACGCGCCGGCCCAGGCCCGGCUGCGCGUGCGGCUGCUGGCCGCCGAGGGCCUCUACGACCGGCUGUGCGACGCGCGCAGCAUCAACUGCUGCGUGGGCCUGUGCCUGGUGCCAGGCAAGCUGCAGAAGCAGCGCAGCACCAUCGUCAAGAACAGCCGCCACCCCGUCUUCAACGAAGACUUCUUCUUCGACGGCCUGGGGCCAGCCAGCGCCCGCAAGCUGGCUCUCCGCAUCAAGGUGGUCAACAAGGGCAGCCUCAAGCGGGACACGCUGCUGGGGGAGAAGGAGCUGCCCCUGACCUCCCUGCUGCCCUGCCUGUGAGCAUCCCCACCGGGGCCCCAGGGGCAGGGGUGGGGGCAGCUGGGCUCUCACCCAGGCCUGGCUGGUGCUGGGCCCAGGGCUGCCCCCGGCGACGGCAGGGUGGUUCUCAUGAAUUCCAGUUUUCAGAGGAGGAGGGGGCUGGUCUGCAAGCCAAGUGUCCUCCUUUGCCCCGGGUUUCACGGCCCUCGACCCCACCGCUGCCCUCCCGCACGAAGUUCCAGAAGGGGGGUUGCAGGGGCCAGGCACCCUCUCCCCGGAGCCCUGCUGCCAUCCCAGGCCCGGGCUGACCCUUUGGGCUCUGGGCACGGCCUCUGCCAACCUGGCCCUCUGGGCAGUGCCCCGGCCCCAGGCUCCAGAGGGUGAGAGCCGGUCAGAGGACGGGUACCUGACACAGGUUCCCAACAAAGGAAAGGCAGAGCCUGGACGGAAGAUGACAGAGAGCCUGACGUCACCCGCGGGGACCGGGGCAGCUGCCACCCCCUGCACACCUUCUCCGCCGGCCGCCCUUCCUUCGGGAGCCGGAACGGCAGGGCCCCAGUGCCCAGGCUUGCUCAGCGGGUCCCAGAGAGCAGCUGCCUGCCCAUGGACCCCCACCCGUUCCUCCUGUCCCUCUGCGGCUGGGGGCUGCCACCUCAGGGCCUGCGGCAGCUACCGACCCCCAGGGACUGGUCACGGAUUUUGUUGCACGCAUGUAA